AUGAAUGAAGGGGUUGAUUGGAAAAGUGAGGUAGGCAAAGUGUGGGCUAAAAUGGAAAUCGGUGUGGGAAGAAAAAGUAUGAGAAAAAUUGGAGGCUUGGAUGAGAAUGGAAAAGGGCUGGUUUUAGUGGAAAUGGAUGGAUUUAGCAAAAAGAAGGAGGUUAUGCUGGCAAAGAGUAAGCUAAAAGGAGAGAUAGUAAGGAUAGAGGAUGACCUAACGUUCGAAGAGAGAAGGGUCAAAAAUAUCAUCAUUGAGGAAGCUAUGAAGGAAAGAGCGCUUGGCAAGACGGUGAAAGUGAGGUACAUGAAAAUGUGGGUGAAUGGAGUCUCAGACGUGUGCCGCCCGGCUAUCUCUGCCACUUCCAGAGGCUGGCAACGUAACGUUACGCACAUAUUUUUAAUUAUAAUCACUGAAAAAUAUUGGUGCGUGCUGGGAUCGAACCCGGGUACCACUCUUUCGGAAAGCGAGCACCGAGCCGACCAGGCCAUUGCCAACCUCUGA